GCCCAACGCGGUUCCUCGACGAACAUGAGCUUGUUCACGAAGAAGGACCUGGGGCUGCUGCUGCCAGACACUGAGCCUGGAGAUGCCAUGUCGUUACGACACACCAGAAGGCUGGAAGAAACAGAUGAGUAUGAAGCGCCACAGCCCAAGGUCGACUCGACGAAGAAAGUGAUGCGCUAUCGGGCAGGCCAAGUCCCUGAUUUUGCUGCUGUUGGGGAGCACAUGCCAGAUGAUGGGUCUCGGUUCUUGACCGGAUCAAAGAAGGCUGCGUCCUCUACGACACCUGCUUCUGGGCAAGGUCAAACUCCCAAACAGCGGCGGAAGGUCGUUGCCCAGGUCGUGAAAGCGGUGUCCGUGGUUGGUGCCCCAGCUCCCGCUGCUCCCACGCUUGCAGCUCGUUUGGUCGAGUCAGAAUCGGAAGAAAGCGACGAGGAAGACGAUCGACGAGCUCGAUUGAAAAACAAGUUGCUUGCACAAAAGCGAGAUGAACCCGACCUACUCUUGUCCGAGUCGACCGAAGCGCUUGCGCUCGAAUCGGAGAGCAAGCCUGUUGCCAGGGCCGUUGCGUCGAGUCAGUUGGUGUCGUCUGAGUCGGAAUCGUCUGAGUGGGAGACAGAUACUGACUCAUCCGACGGCGAGCAGAUACUCAAACCAAUCUUUGUGCCGAAAGAGGCUCGGGACACGAUUCGCGAGCAAGAAGAGAAGCUGCGAGCGUUGGAGGAACGGGACAAGGCCCUCGCUGCGCGGGCUGUGGAGAAAAAGGCCGAGUCGCGAAAGUUGGUGGCGGAAGUGCUUCAGCGCGAAGAGAGUGACGCCGUGCAGCGCAUGCAAGAAGAAGCGACGGAUUCAGAAAUGCCUGACGACACCGAUGGGUUGAAUCCUGAGCAGGAGCAAAAGGAGUGGGAGCUUCGAGAGCUGCGUCGGCUCAAGAGGGACCGGGAUGCGCGGGAAGAGCGCGAGCGGGAAGCGGCGGAAACGCUGCGGCGGCGGAACAUGACAGACGAAGAGCGCGAAAAGGAAGACGCGGCGCUCGGCAAGCGCACGGAAAAGGAAAAGAAAAAGUGGAAGUUCAUGCAAAAGUAUUACCACAAGGGUGCAUUUUACGUGGACGACAAGAGCGUCACGUCGGAGAACGACGUCCGGCGACGUGAGGCCGAUGAACCGACGCUCGAGGACAAGACGAACCGGGAGAACCUGCCCGCUGUCAUGCAGGUCAAGAACUUCGGCAAGUCUGGGCGGACCAAGUACACCCACUUGACAGAUCAAGAUACCACUGACCACAUCACUCCGCUCAAAAACGACGAGUUGCGUGCCCAAUAUGCGUCCAAGUUGAGCGGCCUCAAACCCAUCAACCCUGCUCCGUUCAAGCGGCAGCGUCGCUAGAAGCGGGUAUUCUUGUUUAAAGUACGAGAACAAGUACCAUGCAAACUAACCUGCAAGUGCGCUUGGACAGCGAGCGGAACGUCGUGUCCAUGUGAAUUCGACUGAGGGCACUUCCAAAGAGAAAAGUCGACGUCUUCUUGUCAAGGCGACUCCGAUGCAGUGUGUCAGCGGAGUCGCAUUGAUCGAUGCUAGUGAAGGCUGUCCUUCGACCGGCCAGCAGCAAUUGAUUCAGCAACUUCAACUCAUUUUCACGCGGCAACGACACGAAAGGGAGAGCUGUCGCUGAUUCAGUGCGCA